AUGACAUCAUCGACAUCAGAUUUAGUAGCCGAUACGCGUUGGAAUGUUCCAUAUGUAUUCAAAGGUGCACGAAUCCUUCGAGACACAUGUUCCUGGACAGAUGGACAACGACUGGCUGACCUAUUCGACGGAAAACCCUUAUCGUUCAGAAUUGGCAAACGACAUAAAUCGUUUUUCGGCAAUCGUGUACAAUUCGAAAAAGAUUGUAGUCAUAUUCAAUCAACUAUCAAUGAUUUUCUCCAUUGGACAACCACGAACGAUUGCAAGUCAUUUCCGAUCGAUCAUCCAUUACAUAAAUAUCCAGUGGAGGACUAUUUCGCUUAUGCGGACUACAUGCACUUGCCUGAAUUGUUUGGUGAUGAGCAGCACGCUCUUAUAAAUAUGAUCAACUGGGGGGAUAUGGGCAUGAAAGAUCGUGAUGGAAAAGAAUCAACUCUAUGGAUUGGUUCACAGGGAGCACAUACGCCAUGUCAUUAUGAUACGUAUGGAAUUAACUUUGUCGCCCAAAUUGUUGGCAGAAAACGAUGGUUGCUCUUUCCAUCCCACAGCCCGAUCGGUCAGCUACAGACACGAAUACCGUAUGAAGAAUCAAGUGUUUAUAUUGAUAUCGAACCAAGUGUUUUAGAUCGACUUAAAAAUAUCGAUGUUUAUGAUGUUACACUCGAACCUGGCGAUGUGCUAUUUGUUCCGAAACAUUGGUGGCAUUUUGUUUCGUCUUUGGAUUCCGUAACAAUCUCAGUGAAUAGUUGGUUGAAACAACCUGGUGAUCACGAAGAACAAAUCAAAGAGAUGCUUGUUCGACAGAUCGUUACAUCAGCCAUUGUAGCACAUGAUUACUCUACAGAUGACUGGUUAAAUCAUAACGAGAUGGUCACCGAUCCCAUGACAAAUUUAACAAUACUGUCCGGUCUACUCAGUAGAACCGAAUCGAAUGAAAGCAAUGAACCUUUACCGAAGCGGCUGCGCACUGUUAUAACUCCUGCAGACCAUGUUCAUGAACAACGUCUAACUAGUAUUACAUUUGGGGAACUUGGCUUAUCAUCUACGAACGAAGCGCAAGUGGUAGAAGGAUCUGCGGACACAUCGGAGAAUGAUGCGUUAUUGAAACGUCUGGUGAAAGCAAUGACUGAACGCGAUACAAUCGAUUUAAUCUACAAUAAAUUAUGCACAAGUCAUUUUUAA